UCUUCAACUUUAUCAACCUUAGCAGAGAACCGUUUGACUGUUGUUAGAAAAACAUAACAUUAACCUGUGUUCUUAGCUGUAAAACCCGUGAAUACCACCACAGGGUUCAUAUGGUUGAAUCGGCCCCAAUGAGUCAAAGACUGCUUGCCAGUGAAGAAAAUUAUUUCAAAGAUUCCUUCACUCAUUUGUUAAUUCAUACACGCUUCUCCAUGCAAAAAGAACAUAGUGAGCUGGGAUCUACAACUGGUAUUUUUUCUUCUACUUUCUCGAGACAUUGAAUCUGUAAUGUCAUGAAGAGUGGCGGGUGUUGGAGGUGCAAAGUUGAAAUGGAGAGUGGUUUACCAGUCAGCCGCAAUGAAGGGCAUGGAGUUCUUAAGGAUGGUUCCUGGUUUGCCCAGUUCAGGAAUGGCUCCAACCCUUGGAUGGCUAGAUAUGUCUAUGCAGUGAUGUUUCUAGCUUCGAAUUUGCUCGCUUGGGCUGUCCGAGAUUACGGCCGCAAAGCGUUCCCGGAAAUGGAAAAACUGAAGAAUUGUCAAGGUGGCCAUGGUUGUUUGGGUGCGGAAGGAGUCCUACGUGUGAGCUUGGGAUGUUUUGCAUUCUUUUUUGUAAUGUUCCUUUCAACUGCUCGCACCGAAAGGAUGUACAAUUGCAGAGACUCAUGGCAUUCUGGAUGGUGGUCUGCAAAGAUUGCCCUCUGGAUUGCCUUGACGGUGAUAGCCUUUUUGGUUCCUACUAUUAUCGUACAGAUAUACGGGGAGAUUGCGCAUUUUGGUGCCGGGGUCUUCCUCUUAGUUCAGCUUGUAAGUGUCAUCAGUUUCAUUACAUGGCUGAAUGAUUAUUGUCAAUCCGAUAAAUUAUCGGAAAAAUGUCGGAUCCAUGUGAUGUCACUUGCAACUGCUGCAUAUGUUAUAUGCGUAGUUGGGAUCAUCAUGAUGUACAUCUGGUAUGCGCCGGAACCGUCCUGCCUCCUUAAUAUUUUCUUCAUCACGUGGACACUGGUACUCAUUCAACUCAUGAUGAGCGUUUCCCUCCACCCUAAAGUGAAUGCUGGCAUCUUGACUCCCGGGGUCAUGGGGCUUUAUGUUGUAUUCAUCUGUUGGUGUGCCAUCCGAAGUGAACCGGCUGGGGAAAAUUGCAUUAGGAAGGCAGAGGAAUCAAACAGAACAGAUUGGCUCACAAUCAUUAGCUUUGUCAUUGCGCUACUGGCUAUGGUUAUCGCUACGUUUUCGACCGGCAUCGAUUCUCAAUGUUUUCAGCUGCAGUUCAGGAAAAAGGAAGCACCAGCUGAAGAUGCAGUACCAUAUGGUUACGGCUUCUUCCACUUUGUUUUCGCCACCGGAGCAAUGUACUUUGCGAUGCUAUUGAUCGGAUGGAACACUCAUCACACUAUUAAAAAAUGGACUAUCGAUGUCGGUUGGACUAGUACCUGGGUCAGGAUAGUGAAUGAAUGGCUAGCCGUCUGUGUUUACUUGUGGAUGUUGUUGGCUCCCAUGAUAAGAUCGAGGUUUAGACAAACAAGUGAAGUUGCAUGAAGAAGCAGUUUGAAAGGUGCUCGGCCUCGGAAUUCAUUUAUUGCAGUUGGCUGCUAUGAUCCAUUGUUGCAUAUGUAGCAAUGGUGCUUCAGCUCAAAGAGGGGGAUAGGCAAAUACAAAUUAUAUUGAAAUUUGUCAAGCAAAAUGCCUAAUUAUACUUGUCAAUACACAAACUGAAGGAAGAUAUAAACUUCCUUCCACCGAGUCGUUAAUACAAGAAACUUACAAAUUUUGAUAUGGGGUCAUAUUUUAUGUCGUGUUUGAUCUUAGUUUCGUCCAUAAUGAGCACCUAGUUUGGCACAAGCCAUUUGGCGAUCCAAAAUGGUGCAAUUUGCCAUAUAAUAGCAAGGGGAUGCUCUUUUGAGACCAAAACAGAAGCAUUUGGCUCCCAUAUUUGGUGCUUGUCGUGUCUGUCACCCACAUUUCUUAAAUGCUUCCACGUGAAACUAUUUGUAAUUCCAGCUUUGGUGUUUUACUUGAACGUAUGUCACA